AUGGAAGCUAUCAAUAGUCGCAAGAAUUACAUGCAGAUUUACUUUCCAUUGGCAAAGCAGUUUACGACACAAACGGAGCCAGCAUUCUGUGGUUUAGCUACUCUUACCAUGUCCUUGAAUGCUCUACAGAUUGACCCUGGUCGUCUAUGGAAAGGACCGUGGAGGUGGUUCAGUGAAGAGCUAUUUGAUUGCUGCAUGUCACUUGGUGUAGCCAAGGAGAAGGGCAUUAAUUUAUCCGAAUUUAUCUGUCUUUCACGCUGCUAUGGCGUCUUGGUUGAGGAUUAUCGAGCAACAAGUGAGUUUUCACUCGAGCAAGUCAGGGAUCUUGUCAAGCGUAGCUGUGCCUCGAGCUCAGAGAUUGUAGUGCUGAAUUAUAGUCGUCAAGUACUGGGACAGACUGGUGACGGUCACUUUUCACCCAUUGGAGGAUACCAUGCUGAGAGAGACAUGUCUCUGGAUCCGUCCAUGGACUUACCUCGCGGCUUGGUGAUUCUGAAAGAGGGAGUACAUACUACGCGCCACACACUUGUGAAGCAGCAACUUGGUCAGUGCGCUGAGCGAUCGACGGUGGCAGGGCCCUCAGAUUUGCAGCCGUGUUGUUACUGUUCAUCAGACGUAGAAGUAUCGUGCUGCGUGGCGGAUCCCGACAUGGUGACUUAA